AUGCAGCCCCCUCACCACUGCCUCCUCUGCCUCCUUUUCCUCUACCUCCUCUUCCUCUCUGGGACAUGGGCAGACCUGGAGGGGACCUUCACUAUCCGGCUGCUUCAGACCUCCACCUUCCAAAACACCUCUUUCGUGGACACAGAGGGGCUGGGCCUGCUGGAAGACAUCAAGCUUGGUUCUCUUGAUAAGCACACCUGGACCAUCCACUUCUACCAGCCCUGGGUGCACCCAGCCCUCCCCCGCAGUGACUGGGACACCAUUGAGAAUAUGAUCAAGAUCUAUUUGCAGAAGUUCAACCACCUGAUCAAUGAAGGCGCCAUGGAAAAAGAUGUGUCCUACCCCUUUGUGGCCCAAUGCAUGGCAGGCUGCAAGCUCUACCCCAACAGGACCUCCAGGGCCUUUGCCUAUGUGGGCUACAAUGGCCAGGACUUCCUCAGCUUCGACGUGGACAACGGCACCUGGUUCCCCUCACAAGACACCUACCUCUCACGGUACGUCCAGGCUGUUCUCCAGAACUAUACCGCCUUCAGUGAGUUGGUAGCAGUCCUCUUCAAUGAUACCUGUGUCGAUGACAUGGAGAUGUUUCUGCGCUACGGGAAGGCAGCUCUGGAGAGACAAGAGGCCCCCGUGGCCAUGGUCUUUGCCCGCACACCCAGACCAGACCAGCUCCUGCUGGUUUGCCGCGUCACGGGCUUCUACCCACGACCCAUCAGCGUGGCCUGGCUGCGGGAUGGCCAGGAGGUGCCACCGGGCCCGGCACUCAACACCAGCACCAUCCUGCCCAAUGCCGACCUCACCUACCAGUUCCGCAGCAUCCUUGCCGUGGCCCCUGGUGAUGGGCACAGCUACGCCUGCCGCGUGAGCCACCACAGUCUGGGCACCCGCAGCCUCCUCAUCCCAUGGGGGAAUUCAGAGAUGGUGCUGAUUGCAGGGCUCGGGGCUGGGCUGCUGGCAGCCGUGGCCAUGGCUGCCAUCAUGAUGCUUUGGGUGCAGAGACGCAGGAAAGGGGGAGACAUUCGCAGUGUUCCCAAGUAA